CUUCCGUAGAAACCGUCCACCCUCUUUCCCCUCCCUCUCCAUUUUUUACGGAUCCGGCGGAGGCAUGCAGUUUCUCGUGCGGCGAGGAGAAGCGGCGGCGGCGGUUCGGGGGCGACGGGCAACUGCGAGCGCGGCGUCGGUGGGCGGGAUGCGCCACGGCUCCACCUCCUCCACCGCCGAGCGGUGGCGGGCGCGCAGGCGUGGUGGCGGAUAACGUGCGACGGGCUCGGCGGGGCCGUCCCCCGCUCGGAUCCAGCAGCGCUCGCACGGAUCCACCAGUGGCGGCGGGAAGAGAGCCUAGUGGCGGAUUUGACGACGGCUUGUGGCGGUGGAGGAUCCUCCAGACGGGCGCAUUUGCCACCUCGACCAAGAAGCCCAUUGACGGGGACGAUCUCGGUCGAGUCCCGAGGGGCCAGGGGAGGGCACCAGCAGCUCCAGAUCCAAGCAUCGCCGCCGGCUUGGUGAGGCGAACCAAGCAUCGGCUGCGAAGGAUUUGGGGUGGCGACGAUGGUCGAGGCGCCGGCGUGUUCUGGCUGCCCUCCUCGCGUUCGCCCGCAUCUGGCUCCUCCUAAGGCAAAGGCGGAGACCAGGAGAAGACGGGAGCCUGCCUUUUUCGCCCACGGCCUCCACCGGCUUCCCUUCCGCUGCCGCCUCGAGCUCCUCCCCACACCUUCCCGACUGGCCCUUGCCGAUCUGCUCCGCGUUGGCGAGCUAUACGGAGGAGCCAACGUCCUUCGUCCUCGUCGGCGGCCGCCGUUCCGCCUUCGUCCGCUCGCGGCCGCCAGAUCGCCACCAUCGUCCACGCUUGUUUGGCAGCUAAUUCCUCACCUUCAGAUCUAUCCCCGGUGGCGCGUGCACCUGCGUUAUCGGCCAGAGACCUCACCACGUCUCCUCCGUGCACCCGGCAUCAACUCCACCACCCAUCGGAUUUGCUCCCUUUUCCUGUUGUCUUCGUUUUUUUUUCUUUCUUUUUACACACAUGUUGUUUUCACAGGGAUCAAAAUCAUGGAUAAUUGUGGUCAGGCCUGCUGCUGCUGCUGCUAUACUGUUGUUUUGAUGAUGAAUUCAGUGCAUCCUUCCCUCCUUCGAUCUUGAUUUUGGUUCAUGUUCAUUUUUUUCUUGAUUUUGGUUGUGGCAGCGAUGGCGGCAAGCAGCGAGGUCGCGAUUUGCGAGGGGCGCUGCGGCAUGCAGGGAGCGGCAAGGAGCUGGGCUUAUGGGGGCAGCCGGGCAGGGGCAAACGCGCCGGGCGCCUAGGUGGUCAGAUGGGAGCAGAGCAACGCAGCGCUUCUCCCUGUAUCAAUUCUUUUGGUUCCAACAGUGAGUCAAUCUUCAAAUUGCAACGGAGAAGAAAACACCAUUACUUAAUUACUUCAUGGCUCCAUUUUUGUUCAGACUUACUGUAAGAAAUUCCCCUGGAGUUUGGGAACAUGCCUAAACUUAGCUACCUGAAUAAUCACAACUGGGCAUGGUUGAUGGAUAAAUGUUGGCGGGGAAGAUUAAGGAAUCUGCAACACCGCGUGGGCUCGACAUUGAUGUGUGGCACUUGCACUAUCUGGCGUCCAUGGGUCUUUCUCCCAGCAUAUUGCAUUCCCCAGCUGAAGGUUCCCUGCCAAGAAUUUAGAGAAGAAACAACAUCUAGAGAAAUAUGUAUUCCUGUUCUUUAGACAUUGCAUCAUUAGACUACUACCUCUAUUACUACAUGAAGUUUGUAUUAGCAAUAAUGUGACUACAUGGUGUUUGUAUUAGCAGUAAAAUGUGGCUAUGUUAGUAAUUUGGAAUUUGAAAUUAAUUCCAUACACCGAGAGAAGCAAUGUUGGAUACUAUUCUUCUUGUUCAGUAUUGUCCUAAUGUCCACAAAAUAGAACAUUAUGUCGCCA